UAAAGUUAAGGCUGUAGGUUAAUCAACUUGUUAAGCUGUUAUUUUUAGUCAGUCGCCAUUGGAUGUCACCCAGAGAGAGAGAUUAAACAUUAAUAUAGCAAACAGUUAAAUUCGUUGGUUUUCUUUCAAACAUUAAACAGGCAAAAAAAAAAGCUUAUUGUCCUCCAAACAUUUGGUGACCCCGACGUGAUCGCGGAAUUAACAUUAUCAAUAAUUUCAUAAAUUUUCGCAAAUCUAUUUAAAAUUUUACGGUCGUUGACAAAAAAUGGCACCCAAGAAAAUGGAAUCAGCUGAAGCCAAGAAGAAGCUAGAUUCAUUUAUCCAACAAGUCACCGUACUCAACAACACUUUGACUUUCGAUGUCUUGCGUGAAUUCGACGAAGCUGCAGUGGAGGUACGUAUCGAGCACGUGGAUAGGCUGGAAAAAAGGUUCGAUGCGCUCUACACGCAACUAGAGGACAACGACGCUGAUGAUCUUUCAGCGGAAUUUACCAACCACUAUAUCGAGGUAAAAACGAAGCUGACACGUCAGCGGCACUCCUGCCUAGCUUCCGAAGCUCACAGCUCUACGACGCGGCCGUUUGUUGGCGAUCAAACUUCAAUUAUUGUCUCUCAGCCAAAGCAGAGGUUACCGGUCCUGCAAAUUCCAACGUUCAACGGAAAAUAUUCGGAUUGGCCAGAUUUUUUCUCGCUGUUCAACACCGUUGUACAUCAGGACGUAGAUUCAACGAGAAUUGAGAAAUUCCAGCACCUUCGGUCAAGUCUACGUGAUGCAGCGUUGGAUACCAUUCGUUCAUUAGAGAUAAAUGAACAAGAUUAUGAUAAGGCUAUUGAUUUGCUAAAGGCUAGAUUUGAUAAUAAACGCUUGAAUUUACAGGCUCAGAUAUUUUUCAGCUCAAGAGGGUAGAGGGUGAUAAGGUUGCCAAACUUCGAGAACUCAGCGAUACCGUAAUGCUCACUUGCGGGCUUUGCAAACUAUGGGAACGAAGGAACAGAUUGCUGACUGCUUACUUAUUCAACUAGUGUCUCAAAAUUUGGACAUCAAAUCUCGCGCGAAAUGGGAGGAACGAACACCUGUAAGUGAAAUACCUACAUGGAAUUUAAUGGCUAGAUUUUUGGAACAACGCUGCCAGCAGCUGGAAAAUGUAGAGAAUAUCCUUGGAUUUCCGGAAAAACAGCUGGAUGCAUAUUGUGCAGUUCUAGUGAGCACAAAAUCGCAAGGUGCAAGCAGUUUCUAGGCCUUUCGCCCACAACGCGCUAUAAAGAAGCAAAUCGCUUAAACCUAUGCUUAAAUUGCCUUAGACUCGGUUGUGUCUAUUUGAGUGACUUUGAUAACGCACUCUUAUCCUACUUGCAUAGGCAUGUAUACAUACCUACAUUAAUGUAAAUGCAUAGAAUUAGAACAUGUACCACUAUCUCAGCUGAUCUUUAUACCGUAGCCACCGUACUUGAGCUAAAGGAAAGGCUGUAGGUUAAUCAACUCGUUAAGCUGUUAUUUUUAGUCAGUCGCCAUUGGAUGUAACGGUGAUCGCAAGCGCAAGCGAUUAAACAGCAUUAAACAUUAAUAUAGCAAACAGUUAAAUUCGUUGGUUUCUUUCAAACAUUAAACGGGCAAUAAAAAAGCUUAUUGUCCUACAAACAACUGCAAUAAAGAGUUUUAUAAGAUAUUUACUUUUGCAGUUCAUUUGAAGAAGGCCAAAGAGUGCAUUUCAACCCAGAGAAUACAGUAAAGAGAGUGAAAACACCGCCAAUAAUAAAAUUGACAUUCACGAGUAUUUUCUCGACUUGCAAGAACAUUGCUCUAUUUAUAAAUGCCUUGAUAUUAUACAUGGAAUGCAGCGUUGAAGAACUUGUUACGCAGAAAGCAAAGUCAACCAGUAGAUGGGCAUCCAGGUAUGUUCCCAACUAAUGCAUUAGAAAGAAUUUACACAAUCCACCCGAAAAACGACGAUUGAUUCUACCUUCGGUUGCUAUUUAUUAAGUGGUUCAACUUCCAUUGAGUCAUUCCGUACUGUGAAUGGUACGGUGUGCGCAACUUUUUGAGAAGCAUGCCAGCAAUUACAAUUACUGGAACAUGAUAAUCACUGGAAUCAAAUGAUGGUCGAUGUGACAGCUACUACGCAUGCCACUGAAGUUUGUAAAUUUUUCGCGAUGAUCAUUUCGCCAUAGCGGCCUUCAAAUCUGCAUCAAUUAUGGGAUACGAACAAAAAUGACAUUGAUGUAGAUAUUUUACAUCUUAUUCGCUAAGGAUUGAAAAGGGGCAAAUUCCGAUCGUCUAGAAGACGAAGCCAUGAAUAAUACAAUAUAAUUUCUAAAUUCUUUAGAGAGGCUUGGUAUGCCGCAGCAGCAUUUGCAUCUCAAAGUUGGAUCUGUCAUUAUAAUAUUUAGUAAAAUUUAUGCGCCGAAAUGAAUGGAACCCCAUUGAUUGUGACGCAGUUAUCGAAUACAAGGGGCAGAAUGCUUGAUUCUACGAAUUCCUUUGAGUUCCACGAUUUGCCAUUUCUGUUCAAAUCCAUUCAGUUUCCAGGGAAAAUAUAAAAUUUAACAAUAGAGGCCGCCUGAAUUAAAAACAGCUUCAAUCGAAAAUUCUGUAUCGAUCACAUUCUUCAACUUAUUUUCAAUGGGGGAUGCCAAAGUGUGCAAAGCCUUAACUGAAACCUCAAUCGCAAAAUGCUACAUGUGCCAGGCCAACUCUACUGAGAUAACCGAUAUUGACAAUUGUUUGAAAAGAGAAGUACGAACAUUUAUUAUGAAAUUUUUAUAAAUAAAAGGUGCGUUCCAAAGUAAACAGAACUUAA